UAGAAGCUUCCUUUCUUUAAUUUGCAGGUCUGACUAAUCCAACGGUCCAUAUUCAUUCCAUCCACCCCCCACCUUUUAUUCCCCAUUUUCAUCCUUCACUUUUAUUCAGCUCACAUUAGAGAUCUCCGGCACCACCACAUAUAUCUCCCUUAAACACCUUCAGAUCUGAACUUUGACUCCAAAGUCAACCCUUCUCAUUUCAUAUUUAUAUAAUCAUAAAAAAAAAAGGGUGUUAUUGUAGGAAGAAGAAAAGGAAGUAUGGCGUUACGAAAGGCGAUGGGUGCGGUAAAGGAUCAAACGAGUAUUGGGAUAGCUAAGGUAGCUAGCAAUAUGGCUCCUGAGUUAGAAGUUGCUAUAGUGAAAGCAACAAGUCACGACGAUGAUCCGGCUAGUGAGAAGUACAUUCGGGAGAUCUUGCAGCUUACAUCUUACUCGCGUGGUUAUGUGAGUGCUUGUGUUCACGGUGUUUCAAAACGGUUGAGCAAGACCCGUGAUUGGAUUGUGGCUGUUAAAUGUUUGGUGCUCAUUCAUAGAUUGUUGAAUGAUGGUGAUGUGAUUUUUCAGAAAGAGAUUAUGUAUGCAACUAGGAAAGGGACGAGGUUGCUUAAUAUGUCGGAUUUUCGUGAUGAGGCUCAUUCAAAUUCGUGGGAUCAUUCUACGUUUGUGAGGACUUAUGGGUUUUACCUUGAUCAGAAGCUGGAAUUGAUUGCUUACGAAAGGAAGCAAAGUAAUGGUGGAAAUGAAGAAGUUGAUAGGUUCACGGAAGAUCAAUGGAGGUCACCACCAAAUCGUGGGGGUGAUUAUGGUUAUGGUGAGUUUGACAAUGGAUAUGGCGGAAAAAUGAGAAGGUCGAGAUCUUCUGGAGAUGUUAGAGAUGGAUCGUCUCGAGAGAAGAAAAAUGUGACCCCAUUGAGAGAUAUGAAGCCCGAAAGGAUCUUUGGAAAGAUGGGACACUUACAAAGGCUGUUGGAUCGAAUUUUAUCAUGCAGACCCACCGGUCUUGCCAGAAACAGUAGGUUGGUGUUGGUUGCAUUGUACCCGGUUGUGCAAGAAAGUUUUAAGCUUUAUGCCGAUAUAUGCGAGGUUUUAGCAGUGUUACUUGAUCGGUUCUUUGAUAUGGAGUACCAGGAUUGUGUCAAGGCAUUCGAUGCUUAUGUUAGUGCUUCCAAGCAGAUUGAUGAGCUUGUCGGUUUUUACAACUGGUGCAAGGAUAUGGGGAUUGCUAGAUCUACAGAGUAUCCUGAAGUUCAAAAGAUAACUUCUAAAUUAUUAGAGACAUUAGAGGAAUUUGUGAGAGAUAGAGCAAACGCUAUGAAAAGCCCAGAAAAGACUCCGGAGGUUGUGGAAGAGGUCAAAGAGGAAGAGCCGGUUCCUGAUAUGAAUGAAAUAAAGGCUUUGCCAGCACCCGAGUCAUACACUCCACCACCGCCUCCUGCCCCUGAACCACCCAAGGCCGAACCACAACAUACAGGAGAUUUAGUGGAUUUAAGGGAAGAGGCAUUUACAGCAGAUGAUCAAGGAAACAGGUUUGCAUUAGCAUUAUUUGCAGGUCCAGCAGCAAACAAAACUAAUGGUAAUUGGGAAGCAUUUGGAUCCAACGGUGAACCCGAAGUAACCUCUGCUUGGCAGAAUCCAGCUGCAGAGUCUGGAAAAGCAGAUUGGGAACUAGCAUUGGUGGAGAGCGCUAGUAAUCUAGAGAAACAAAAGGCGGCAAUGGGUGGUGGUCUUGACCCGUUACUUCUCAAUGGAAUGUAUGACCAAGGGAUGGUGAGGCAACAUGUUAGCUCAUCCCAGUUAACCGGUGGUAGUGCUAGCAGUGUGGCAUUACCAGGGAAAUCUGCCACACCCGUAUUAGCACUUCCUGCACCUGACGGGUCUGUUCAAACAGUUGGGGGCGACCCGUUUGCAGCAUCAUUAAGUGUCCCUCCACCUUCUUAUGUCCAAAUGGCAGAUAUGGAGAAAAAACAACAGUUGCUUGUGCAAGAGCAGAUUGUAUGGCAACAAUAUGCUAGAGAUGGAAUGCAAGGUCAAGGUAGUUUGACCAAAAUCAACAAUGGCGGAUAUAUAGCUCCUGGACAACCACCCAUGAUGCCAUAUGGAUAUCCACCAGUUAAUGGAGCCGGGUACUACUAUCCAACUUACUGAUACAUACCUAAUACGUAUUUGUUGUUUAUUCAUGUGUUACAUACAUUGUAAUAUUCCUUUUUUCUGUUAAAUUUCCACUGUAUCUGUUCAUGUGAUUCAUACUGCAUUUUCUUACUGAUGGUAGAAACACACAAACAAAAAAUGAUUUGGUAUUGUGGGACGAAUGUAGAGCUGAGUGAUUUUUGUUGGAGUUAAUAUUAUGUUUUCCAUAUUUGUUGUUA